AUGGCAUCCUUGCGAGUAUAUUCAUCUGCGCUAUCGCGCAAAGCGCUCACAUCCUCCCGACCACGGCUGUACCUCGGUGCUCGAUGCGCGAUCGCUAGUACGCGGCCUCUAGCGCCGCGGACCGCUCCGCCGAAUAUGGUUAUGCACGUACAGAGCCGGUCCUCAUCGACGACGCAGGCAAGUUCUCUCGCGCCGAAGGUUGAGCGCGGCGGGUCGAAGCUGUUUAAAGAUGCGGAUGCAGCGGUGGCCGAUAUUAAGAGCGGAUCGACGAUUUUGAGCUCGGGAUUUGGGCUUUGUGGUGUUGCGGAAACACUGAUUAAUGCAAUGCACCGCCGUGGCCCGAGUCAAUUGCACUCGCUGACUGCUGUUUCGAAUAACGCUGGUGCAGCGGGCAAGGGCGGGUUAUCGACGUUGUCACAAGCUGGCCAGAUUGAUCGCUUGAUCCUGUCAUAUUUGGGAAAUAACAAGGCACUGGAGAAGAAGUAUUUGUCUGGCAAGAUUGCAAUUGAGUUGUGUCCACAGGGUACGCUUGCAGAGAGACUGCGAGCUGGAGGUGCUGGGAUUCCGGCAUUUUUUACGCCGACUGGUGUUCACACUUAUAUCCAGGAGGGAAAGAUUCCCGUGAGGAUGGAUGAGUCGGGCAAGGUCCUCGAGUCAGGCAAGCCGCGCGAGACACGCGAGUUCAAUGGCAAGACGUAUCUUAUGGAGACGGCCUUGACGGGCGACGUUGCUAUCCUGCGGGCGUGGAAGGUGGACGAAGCUGGUAACUGCGUGUUCCGAUACACCACCAAAGCAUUCGCCCCGAUUAUGGCCAAAGCCGCGACCCUGACUAUCGUCGAGGCCGAGAACAUCGUCCCCAUCGGCUCAAUUGAUCCCAAUGACGUCGAUCUACCAGGUAUCUUCGUGGAUCGAAUUGUGCCAGCCACCGACGAGAAGCACAUUGAGUUAAGGAAACUGCGAGAACCUGAGACCGGCGCCACAAACGGAUCUGCGAAAGAUGCGGCGCAGAUUGAGAGGGAGCGUAUUGGUCGUCGAGCGGCAAAGGAGCUAAAGCCAGGAUACUAUGUGAACCUGGGCGUUGGUAUUCCGACUCUUGCGCCGUCAUUCCUGCCGGAGGAUGUCAAGGUGUGGAUUCAAUCAGAGAAUGGUAUUUUGGGCAUGGGCGCGUAUCCCACCGAGGACGAGGUUGAUCCAGACAUCAUCAACGCCGGCAAGGAGACCGUGACACUAGUCCCUGGCGCCGCAACCUUUGAUAGCACCGAAUCCUUCGGCAUGAUCCGAGGCGGGCACGUCGACGUAUCAAUUCUAGGAGCCUUGCAAGUCAGCGCCAACGGCGACCUCGCCAACUACAUGAUCCCCGGCAAAGUCUUCAAGGGUAUGGGCGGCGCCAUGGAUCUAAUCUCAAACCCAGACCAAACGAAGAUCGUCGUAGCCACAAGCCAUGUCGCCAAGGAUGGAUCGCCCAAGAUUGUGCAAAAGUGCAGUCUGCCAUUGACGGGUGCAAAUGUGGUUAGCACGAUUAUCACGGACUUGUGUGUGUUCCAGGUUAACAGGAAGACGGGCGAGCUUACGCUGACGGAGCUGGCUCCUGGCGUGGAGGUGGAGGAGGUGCGCAGUAAGACUGAUGCUAAGUUUACUGUUGCGGAGAAUUUGGAGACUAUGGAGUAG